GUGCAUUGAGAGACAUCAUUGAUUCUGGGUGCUGCUCGCAGGGCCUAUUUGGAGCAGACGCACUUCGGUUGUCCCCAUACAACGCUUAAGCGCGCUUCUUGUCCGCCCCGUCCUCUCACCACCAUGUCCUCGCCGAUACCAGUCGACGACUCGAUCAUCGAUUUGACCAGCGAUUCGCAGGUGCCCGUCACGCGGCCUGCGAGAUCAACGUGCUCUUCUCAGCUUUCGACCCGGUCUCGAACAAACUCUACAGAAGCAGCAUCAGGGAGAUCGCUGCGCCCACGGCGUAUGGAGCGAUCGUCACGAGAAGCGCAGAUCCCUGUCGACACCGCGGCGUUGAGCUCGUCUGCAGCAACGACAGCUGGUCCAAGCAAUCAAAGCUCAAGGUCUACUCUCCACACAACGGCACCCUCCAGACAAAGGGCUAGAAGGGUGACACACUACGUCGAUUCGGAAGAUGAGCUCGAUGGGCCCCGAGCUGAGUCGUCUGCUACACAAUAUCGUCUAGUACUUCCCGGUCAGACUGCUGGGCCUUCGCGCACUACUGCGAGCGCUGGAACCGGCUCUGCAACUGUACAUGCUAGCUCUGAUGGCAUCGCAGAUGUGCAGAUUACGGGCGUCGCACGCAGUGAAGUGCAAGUAACAGGUGUCAGGCAAACACGACCGCUGUUUGCGGCUGAGCCGGGCACACGAAUCACAAAUGGACUCGCGCCUGGGCCUAAUGCGAAUCCGAACGCGCCGUCACCAGUACGAGCCGACACUGCCAGGAUCGCCGCGCUCGCACAGAAUCGUCUGCUGGGCCCGUUUGGCGUUGAACGACGAAAUGACGCACUGUUGGCAGGAUUCGCGAUUGACUAUGGAGGGCGUGCGCCUCCUGUAUGGCCGGCUACAGGCUCCGGCAAUGGCACUCGUGCUGCGAGGACAGGAACAGCCGCUAAGCGCUACGAGGGCAGGGAGAAGUACAUCAGGAAGGAGUACAAGUCCAAGUACACACACGGCAAAGAAUCGUCCAAACCUCCAUUUUCCGACUCGAUUCUGCCGCCACCCAUCUCGAUUGGCGAUGAUGACGACGAUGGGGCUCCUGCAGGCCCAGGCGCAGCUGCUAACGAUUUGACGGACAAGACUCCCAUUUGCGCUGGAUGUGACAAGGCGCUGCAGAUGGAGAACGAGGACCCUUUGAAGUUUCUGUAUGCCCUACCAUGCGGCCAUGUGAUCGAUGGCGAGUGCCGUGAUCGGCUGGCUAGAAAGAUGGCCGACGACAAGGAUUCCAUGACCGACCCGAACAUGAGCGACUUCCAACUUCCAGAUGGGUCUCACGGAUUUGGGGGAGGUAGCGGCAGUACCAAGCGACCCAGAGGUACAGCAAGCGAUACUCUGGAUAGCGCAAUAGUAGCUCCAUCUCCGGCUAAAGGCACGCGUUCCGAAUUAGGCGUCGUCACACCAGUCGGCAGCUCAUCUCACACGCCUAUCCCGCCGCCCACGGAGAUUAUCAAUGGCAUCGCGCGGAAUCGGUGUCCUGUCGUUGGAUGCCACGAGAAGUGGGUUUACAAUGUAGGGUCCGAGCUGUCCUGCGCCCGCCUGUUCCUUUGAGCAGUUGACUAUAUACGGAGUAUAUGCAUGAUUUCGUUACCUUGCACGUUCCAAAAUGAAGCAUUCGCGUUGGAGCAUUGCAUCAUAGGGGUCCAGUCGACAAGUGUCCCUAUGCUGACCUGCAAGCGCUUUUUCUCAGAGCAGGCAUGCUUGGUGCUGGCGAAGCACUGGACUGUGUCUGGACAAGUCACUUGAGGAUCGGCUUGUGCUCCUCGUCGAAUCUCUUCUCGUUGAAGGCAACAUACAGCUUGGGGAACAUGUCGAUGCUGAAAUUCUGUAAGGGCAUUAGUGGCGCUGAACGUGCCC